ACCAGGCAGAAAAAGUGAGGCCGAAAAUCGCAGGAAAAAUUUUCAGGUCACGCCGCGGACGGAAUUAUUAGGGGAAGGAAGCUACCUAGCUAGCGACAAGAAUUACGCAAAUGUUGGCUGCCGCGAAGCGCCUCUCCCCCUUUUUUUUGUCUGGGUGCCUGCGCGCGCGCCUCCCUGCAGGAUUUUCUCUGAUGUAUCCAAAAAGAUAUAUAACCCGGACAACCGCCCUCGGAAGGGGGUGAACAUGUCCAUCUGACCCUCUGACCAACCCUUCCUAGGCUCCGGAGCUUUCAGCGAGCCAGGGAGAAAGUUCGGGAGAGAAAGUGGAUGAUUGGGGAGGUGUUGUGGGUGGUCAGCAUUCCUGACGGAUUCCGAGACGUUCCAAAUAGGGAAGAGUCGGUGAGGUCGGAGGGUUUUUUUUUUUUUUUUUUUUUUGUCUGGUUUUCAUUUCCAUCCAGGUUUGCUGCGUCUUUCCCGAGGGAAGAUACGUCCACGAAAUUAUUUUUUCCAUCCAGCCGAAAAGAGACCAAUAUCCACCAGCUCCAUCGGGGCGACGCCCAAACAGAAUUGCGAUUUUGGCUGGGAAGUCCGGGUGCAGUGGAGCCGCAUACCCGAUUCGGCCCGGUGGGUUUGAGUCCGAGAAGAAAUCCAGAAAUUAGCAUGCGCCUGGACUGCGUUGAUUGGUUUCCGGCACAGCGCCAUGUGGGUCCGUACCACUUUAUCGGACCCAGUUGGGAACCUUGGGACCCACCGGAAAAUUCUCUUUUUCUUUCUGACUGCGUUGAGCUCACCUCGCAUACCUGGGAAAAUUGUUUCCCUCCCUUCUUGUUGGUUCAUUGUUGGGAACGGUGAAAGGGAGGCUGGUCAAUUGAUUGUAGAGAAGGAGGGAAGGGGAAAAAGAAUGUAGGAGCAAGAUUGUAGAAGCUUCAAUUGCCA